UUUGUCCACGCAGCGCGUUUGCGCAGGCGCGUCCCUCACACUGUCAAGGUGUGGACACGGUGUGGACACGGCGAGAGCGCGAGUGGGAACACAGUGGCGUGCUUUUGGAAAAGGAGUGGAUGCGUCUUCAGAAAAAAAAAAAACAGCCGGAAGGGGUGAACGCCAGUCCGUUUUUACAAAAGCAAUAUGUGCACCAACGCGUCACCCUUUGAAGUUCUUGAUAUAUAAAGUCGUAAAGCUCUCGCGUCUUUCACCGUCACCUAAGAGCUGAAGUGAAGUACGAAGAGCGCAGGUAGAAGAGCAGAGCCGGAAGAACUCGCAUUACUGGUCGCGUUCGCUUUGUUUUGCUUCUUCCAAGUGGAUUAUCUUUGAUAUUAUCACAUAAAUGAAGUGAGAUUUAAAGUGCUAGUUUUAAAGUGCAUCCGAGCUAAAGAAAUUAUGACGGACUUGAGGAAAAAUAAACUCUUCGUCCUGGUGGACGUGCUGUGUGUUGUUGUAGCUUCUCUGCCCUUUGUGAUAAUGAAUAUUGCGUCCCAGCCAUACGAGCGAGGCAUCUACUGCCAGGACGAGAGCAUUAGUUACCCUCUCAGACCAGACACAAUCACCCACGUGACACUGGCUGUAGUCACCAUCACCUGCACUAUCAUCAUCAUAUCUUCGGGUGAAGCAUAUCUGGUGUACAGCAAAAAAAUUCACUCCAACUCUACCUUUAAUCAAUAUGUGUCAGCCAUAUAUAAGGUGCUGGGUGCCUUCCUGUUUGGGGGAGCCGUCAGCCAAUCACUGACGGACUUGGCCAAGUACACCAUUGGGCGACCACGGCCACAUUUCUUAACAGUAUGUGCUCCCAAAGUCUGCAAAGGAUACAUGGCCACGAUCAACUGCACUGGCAACCAAACUGAUGUAACUGAAGCCCGGUUGUCCUUCUACUCGGGUCACUCCUCCUUUGGGAUGUAUUGCAUGCUGUUUUUAGCGUUCUAUGUUCAGGCCAGGUUGAAUGCAAAAUGGGCUCGUCUCCUGAGGCCCACUAUCCAGUUCUUCCUGGUGGCCUUUGCCGUGUAUGUAGGUUACACUCGUGUGUCUGAUUAUAAGCACCACUGGAGCGAUGUGCUGGUGGGGCUCCUCCAGGGGGCGCUCAUUGCAAUUCUCACUGUGAUAUACGUAUCAAAUUUCUUCAAGGUUCGUCCUUAUCCUCAAUGCUCAAGUCCAGAGACAGUGGACAGUGAGGAACGGAAACCAAGCUUACAUUUAAGCGAGGUAGAGCACAAUAACCAUUUAGGUUAUUCUGGACCUGUGUGAGAGAAAUGAGGCCGAACACUACAUCUCCCACAAACCACUGGACUGACAGGAGGGGGCGGAGCAAGACUGCAAUGCUCACAAUGGUCCUCCUUGAAAAAAAACCUUUAGUGUGUCUUCGUUUCCUUUGAAUGAGAGAGAACUUUUUAUACAUAUUUAAUCAAUUUAUUUUAAUCAGAAUGAUUUGCCGAGGAUGUUGAGGGGCCAGAUUGAUUUUUUUUUAAAGUCUAUAUACUGGACCAGGUUUUAUAUAAAGUCAUGUACGGCAUGUAUAAUCUUAUUUGAAUUGUAAAUCUUACUGUUGUGUAAAUAAUGGCUUGCUUUUCUUAUAUAAUUUGAUGAACCCAACAGAAUCCUACAUUCUGUCGUUAAAAAUGUCAGAAAUCACUUUUGCUAAUAUUAUGUGCCUUAGUAAUUAUAUAGUAAUUUGGACUGCAAAUAGUGAAUAAUGUAAAAAAAAUUGCUAGGAUAUCUUUUUUUGUUCCCCUAUGUUUAAAAUUUAAACCUGAGAUACCACUACAGCAUCUGCAAGCCUGUUAUGCUUCUUUAUAUUUUCAAUUUUUGCAUUUUAAAAAGCUGCCUUUAUUGAACUUUUGAAUUGUUGUUUGCGUUUGUCCAAAUUCCUA